AUGAAUAAGUUCAGAUCCAUCAGCAUCUUCCGAACGACGCAAUUGGCCACAAGAAGUUCCGGUUUCGCAAGAAGGACGAUACAACCGCAACAAGGAUGGAACUCCUCAUCUGAAAAACCUACUUCUCCACAUGUUCGCAUAAACCCUGUCCUCCAUAUCUCGACAACAUUCAUAGGUAUAGGUACUAACCAAUCUUCGCUCCACAGAUAGGAUUCUAUAAAACCUUCACGCGACCCAUUGCGAAAGUCAUGCUCAUGGCUGUCUUCACGUACCAACUCGCAUACUGGGCCUGGGUCAAGCUCGAGAAGGACGAGAUUAAAGCGCAGAAGACUGGUGAGUCGUGGUAAUCAAGGGAAAUGAGGAGAUGGACUGAUGGUUUUGGUAAAGCAGAGAUUAAAGCGUUGGAGGAGGAGUUGGAGAAGUUGAUUGCUCUUGCGGAGGAGGCGGGGAUUAAAGUUAAGCCCUGA